AUGUUCUGGAUUAUGAGAAAAAAAAACAAAGAAUACCUUCUAAAAUUCAUGAAAAAUCGCGCUGCUGGCAAAAAAGAGUUCAAGAUAAUGGAAAGUCUGAAGCAUGAAAAUGUUGUUCGAGUGAUUUCAAGCCAGCUUUUCAACUUUAAAAAUGUUGAGUACUUUGGAAUAUUCAUGGAAUUCUAUCUUCGAGGCGAUCUUGAAGAAUUUCUCAAUCGAAAAAAAAGUGACGAAGGAAACUGGUCUGAAAAUGAUGCGCUGAAAUUUAGCAGCCAGCUUAUUUAUGGCCUUUCUUACCUUCAUGAAAAUCAAAUUGUUCAUCGAGACAUUAAGCCAAAGAAUAUCUUUCUCACAGAAAGCGAUCAGCUUAAAAUUGGAGAUUUCGAUGUUUCAGAACAUAUCUCGACAACCCGAAAAACAACAAAAGUCGGGACGGAACUCUACAUGCCUCCUGAGUCGCUGGACAAUCAUGGAGAAGAAAAUCUGAGUCAUAAAAUCGAUAUCUGGGCAUGCGGAUGUGUUCUUUAUUAUAUUGCCUACCUAGAGCAUCCGUUCCUUGAAAAGUCAAGAUUUAAAACUUCCGCGAGAAUAUAUGAAGUUGAUGCAAAAGAACCCACAACAAUUUUUCCGAAAUGCCAGUCAUUGAUCGAGAUUUGCUUGAAAAAAGAACCAGGGGAAAGAGUCGAGAACGCGAUGAUAUUGUCUGAGCAUCGCGAUAUCCGGAAUCUGAUUUGUCAACUUGAAGCAAAAAUCGAACCUAAUAAUCUUUCUUUUUCAAACAGCUACGAAGAUUGCGUUCGACUUGCGAAUAAGAAAUUGAAGAGAGACAAAGAGUUGCUGGAAGAGAUUCUUAAUCAUCAUGAAGAUUUAAGAAAUUUAGAAAUCGAAUAUUCUGUCAAAAAAGUUUUUGAUUUUAUCGGAAAGAAGACGAAAAAAACUGUUGAAGACUUUAACAAAGCAUAUCCGAGAAAUUUUCUUAUAAAAUCAAGACUUCAAGGAAUAGGUUAUUAUUUUGGGGCCGACGAUAGAAAUGUUCGAUUCAGCAAUGAAUAUAAAGAAAAAUUCAAACUUUCGUUUAUUUUCGAUGCCGUUGACCGUGGAAUCCGACACAUAAAUCUAAAAUUCUGUUUCGACAAAAGCAUUGAUAUUCGACAUGGCGAUUGGGAAAUUAAGUCGCCAAAACUUAUCGAGUUUGACCCUCCUGUUGAUGGAAAAGAUUGGUCUGAUUGGAAAUUAUCGAUAAAAAAUAACAGAAAGCAAUUAAAAUUCGAAGCGUUCGCCGAGAACAUUUGUUAUGACACUGGCGUUGUUUCUUCUCGAGUGGAGAAUAUUCAAAGCAAGACUGUCGAUGGAGCAGAAGUUGUUGAAACUCCAGCUAUCGGAUAUCUUGGAUAUCUCAGAUGGAACAUAGCGUUAUUGAUGUCAUGA